GUUCUACGUUGGGGAAGCACUUAGUGUAAACAUCCAAAAAACUUGGCACUCCUCGUUUAACAGACCUGAGCAAAGACGCGAGGAUAGCUCUGUAGAGAGUACUUUCUUAUGGGGGACAGUCCAGAUCUUCGUCUGGGAAGUGCGCAGAUAGCGGCUGGAGAAAUCGACCAUGCUGAGUUGCUGUCUUCGCAAUCGAGCGCCCUUUAUCGCUCACAAGAAUUUACAGACGUUACUUUUAACGUCGACGGCUCCAAGAUUUUCGCUCACAGGGUCGUUUUAGCUGCCCGGAGUGAGUACUUCAGGGCGCUAUUGUAUGGUGGGAUGAGAGAAACCAACCCAGAAACAGAGAUCGAAGUUAAAGACACAACGGCUUCCGCAUUCGAUGCUUUACUAAAAUAUGUUUACAGCGGAAAAAUAUUUCUCAGCGAUUACAAGGAGGAAACGAUCUUGGAGCUGUUAAGCCUUGCACAUAAAUAUGGUUUUCUUGCUUUGGAAAGUGCACUUCAAGGAUAUUUAAAAUCAGUUCUAAGCAUCAGAAACGUAUGUGUGGUUUUUGAUGCCGCUGUACUCUACCAAAUGAAUGAUUUGUGCUCAACUUGUUUAGGUUUUCUGGAUAGGAAUGCCGUGGAGGUUUUAUCAACAGAUGGCUUUUCGUGCCUGACGAAAUCGGCUUUGAUAGAAAUCGUUAAAAGAGACUCGUUUUGUGCGCCUGAAAAUCAAAUCUUUAGGGCGGUGCAGGAGUGGGUCGAAUCUGCAGAAGAGAUGAGUGAAGGAGACUACAAGGUCAUUUUGGAUAAAGUUCGACUUCCCCUUAUAAGCUUACAUGAUUUGUUUAACAUUGUGCGGCCUUCAGAGCUCUUCUCUGCUGAUGCUAUUCUAGAUGCAAUUCAAAUUAAGACAGAAAGCAGAGUUAAUGAAAUGAACUUCCGGGGGCAUUUGGUUCCAGAUGAGAACAUUGCGACUUCCCGACAUGGUGCUGAGGUGAUCGAAGGCGAAAUGCGAGAGUCCUUGUUAGAUGGUGACACUACAAAUUUUGAUCUGGACCGGGGAUUUACUAGACACCUCAUUCUAGAAGGAGACAAGGGGAUCUGUAUUGCUUUGGGCAGACCUAGUAUAAUAAACAAUAUCAAGUUGUUGUUAUGGAACAAAGACCCAAGGUCUUAUUCAUAUUACAUUGAGGUGUCUGUGGACAAUGAAGACUGGAUUAGAGUGGUUGAUUAUUCCAAGUACUUCUGCAGGUCCUGGCAAAGGUUGUACUUUAAACCAAGAGUUGUCAGGUAUAUCCGUGUCUAUGGAGUUCACAACACUGUCAACAAGGUUUUCCAUUUGGUACAUUUUGAGUGUUCAUACUCUAAUACUACAUAUGAACUUGGAGAGGAUGGUGUUAUUGUCCCAUCUGAGAAUGUCGCCUUACCCUCACUGGGAGCAAGUGUGAUAGAAGGUGUCAGCCGAAGUCGCAAUGCCCUUUUAAAUGGAGAAGUUGGAAAUUACGACUGGAACAUUGGUUACACUUGCCAUCAACUGGGAAGUGGCGCCAUUGUGGUUCAGUUACCUCAGCCCUACAUUGUUGGCACAAUGAGACUUCUUCUAUGGGAUCUCGAUGAACGAAAGUACAGCUACUACAUAGAGGUGUCAUGUGAUCAACAGAAUUGGGUUCAAGUGGUGGACAAGACAAAAGAAGUCUGCAGGUCAUGGCAAAAUCUCUCCUUUGAGCCCAGACCGGUGGUCUUUGUGCGUAUUGUCGGUGUUGACAACACUGCAAAUGAGGUGUUUCACUGUGUCCAUUUCGAGUGUCCAGCCAAUCAUAAAGAACCUAUUAACUGCAGCAGCGACUUGACGGACACCUCGGAGCAGAGUGCCGCAUC